GGAGAGAGCCCUGACACUCCAAUCACUCAGCACAUGGAAGUAAAGAGACGGGACCCCUGACACACUGCAGGGCUGACACACACACACACACAUACAACUUUGCUAAUAGUUUCUCUCUGGUGGGCGGGACCCUGAAUUCUCUCCCUGUCACUCCGAGCACUUUUCUUACUGCUUCCUUUAUUGGUGACUGACCGCCUGGCAUCAAGCAGCAGCAGCAGGAGGAGGAGAUGGGAUGAGCUCCGGCACAGGCUGAGGAGGACACUGGCUUUGUGCAUGCACUGACAGUUCAAUUGUGGGAGAUGCAGAAGUGAGGGGUACAAGAUCAUCAAGCAGGACAGACAGGCAGUUUCCUUGCCCUGAGAUGUGCCUGCAUACAGACAGGUCUAUGUGGCUUUGCUGGAGAGUAGAAAGAGCUCCCUUCACUGACUAUAGUCUGUAGUACAACAAAGAAGCUCAGCUGGGAUUCACCUAAACUUGCACAUAUUUAGGUGGGGGUGGGGUGCAGGCAUGAAGGCAUCCCAGCCAGAUGGACAGUGCACUGACCCCAAUGAAACAUAUGGCUUUAAUAGCAUGCUGACCUUCUGUGAGUUCCUGCUGCUGGUGAAUGGAACAGACUGACUGAGUAAAGAUGCUGGGGGUUCUCACUGCAUUCUCUGCCCUGAGUCUCAUGGCCUAUGGAUACCUGUCCUGGGACAGCGCCAACUCUGUGCUGGAAGAUCAAAAGGCAGCGGGAAAAGGGUCCGACGAGCAAUCUCCGCGCAGGGAAACUGGACAGCAGCCCCACAUUGUCUUCAUAUUGGCUGACGACCAGGGCUACAGAGAUAUAGGGUACCACGGAUCCGAAAUCAGAACUCCCACGCUGGAUAAGUUAGCUUCUGAAGGUGUCAGACUGGAGAACUACUAUGUCCAGCCCAUUUGCUCCCCAUCCAGAAGCCAGUUUAUCACUGGGAAGUAUCAAAUCCAUACAGGUCUUCAGCAUUCUAUAAUAAGACCUUCACAGCCUAACUGUUUGCCACUGGACAAUAUGACACUGCCUCAGAAACUCAAGAAGGCUGGUUAUAAGACGCAUAUGGUUGGAAAAUGGCACUUGGGAUUUUAUAAGAAAGAAUGCAUGCCAACUCAGAGGGGAUUUGAUUCUUUCUUUGGUUCACUUCUGGGUAGUGGAGACUACUACAAUCAUUAUAAGUGUGACAGCCCUGGCAUAUGUGGAUAUGACCUCUAUGAGAAUAAUAAUGCAGCAUGGGAUCAAGAUAAUGGUAUUUAUUCAACAGAAAUGUAUACACAAAGAGUACAGCAGAUUUUAUCAAGCCACAAUCCCAACAAACCUUUAUUCCUUUACAUUGCUUAUCAAGCAGUUCACUCUCCUUUGCAAGCCCCUGGAAAUUACCUGGAGAAUUAUGACUCAAUACCCAAUGAAAAUAGGAGAAGGUAUGCUGCCAUGCUGUCAUGUUUAGAUGAUGCUGUUAAUAAUGUAACAACUGCUUUGAAAAAAUAUGGUUUCUAUGACAACAGUGUUAUAAUUUAUUCAUCAGACAAUGGUGGCCAGCCAAUGGCUGGAGGCAACAACUGGCCAUUACGUGGGAGUAAGGGGACAUACUGGGAGGGGGGAAUACGAGCUGUUGGAUUUGUACAUAGCCCCAUUUUGAAAAUUAAAGGUUAUGUUUGUAAAGAGCUGGUUCAUAUAACAGACUGGUUUCCAACAUUAGUCACUUUGGCAGGUGGGGAAAUCGAUGAGGAAAUACAAUUAGAUGGCUAUGACAUUUGGGAGGCCAUAAGUGAAGGAAAACGUUCCCCAAGGCAAGAAAUUCUGCACAAUAUCGACCCCAUGUAUACUAAAGCAAGAAAUGGUUCUUGGGCUGCUGGUUAUGGUAUUUGGAAUACUGCAAUUCAAUCAGCAAUAAGGGUAAACCAUUGGAAAUUGCUCACAGGAAAUCCUGGUUAUGGAGAUUGGAUUCCUCCGCAAAGCUUUAGCAAUGUAGGACCCAACCGCUGGCACAAUGAAAGAGUGACUCUAGCAAGUGGAAAAUCUGUGUGGCUUUUUAACAUAUCAGCUGACCCCUAUGAAAGAAUCGAUUUAUCUGACAGGUACCCCGAUAUUGUAAAGCAGCUCUUAAGAAGACUUGCACAGUUUAAUAAAACAGCCGUUCCAGUGCGGUACCCACCGAGAGAUCCAAGGAGCAACCCUAAACUUAAUGGAGGAGUAUGGGGCCCAUGGUACAAGGACAAGACUAAACGAAGGAAUCCUAAUGCAAAGAAAUCUAAGAAGGCCAAGAAAAAGCAAAAUCAUAGGAAACAACAAUAUUCUGGUUGCCAACCUGUUUCAGUGAAGUCAUAAAUUUACUGGGGGGAAAGUAACAAAUGGUGCUAGCAGAACGUUAUAUCUGCACAUACAAAACACAUUGAAUGAAAAGUAUGUUUUCACUUUUGCUAAAUUGAAUUUUUUUCUCGUAUUCCAUUUUUUAAAUAAUAAUCUAUUUAUAUCAGAAAACUAUAAUGAGUCUGAGAAGAAUGGUGAGUAUCAGCCUUUACAAAUAAUCAGUUAUAACUGAUGUAGUAGCCCUGCACAGUACUCAGGAACACAGUGAACGCAGUGAUCCCCAACCCGUGGCUUGUGAGCAACAUGUUGCUCUCUGUUCCAUUGGAUGUUGCUCCCAGUGACCUCAAAGCAGGUAAUUAUAUUUGAAUUACUGGCUUGGAGGCAAGUUUUGGUUGAACAAAAACCAAGUUUACUGCCAAACAGAGCCUCUUGUAGGUUGCAAGGGUAUAUAGGAGUUACAAAUUGCCAAUCACAACCCAUAUUUGGCACCCCCAGCACCUUUUAGCAUGAUUAAAUUGCUCUCUAAGGGGUUGUUAAUCUUUCAAAUGCUUUUCUCAGUUGAGUUGUUUUCAGAUGGUCAACAGAAAUAAUGUGUGUCAGUCUGGAAGCUCAGUAAUCCAGGUGCAGAUUCAGAACUGUUACAAUUUGCUACAUUUAGUUGACACAUUUCUCAGCAGCAACCUGUGAAUGUAAAAUUGAUGAGGGUGCUAUUUUAAGCACUUGCAAUGUACAUUCAUUAUUUAAUACAGGAUACAUGUGCUGUUAUAUGACUGAAGUUUGUUACAACACACUGCUGGUUGGUUUCUGACCAGUCUGACCACCAAGUAGUCAAGGAAAAAGAAAGAGGCUGCUCUGAUUUUCUUUUGGUUAGGAAAGAUCUGAGAAAGGGUUCCUAGCCAGAAGAACAUCAGAGUAGCCUCUGACUGACUAGAAGGUUAUGCUGUUGUAAUUUCAUUUGUGUUAACAGUACAUGUAUUCUUUAAUAUCUUGGAAUUAAAAAAAAUAUGAAUAAAAGUGCUUAGAAUAGCAACCUCAUCAAUUUUACAUUUACUUAUUUU